AUGCUUCCUGAGAAGGUCGAUCAUGUCGCCUCCCCCGGGUAUGAUGUAAGAUUUAGGAACCUUCCUAUUGUCGUCGAGAUUUUCGCUGAUAUCGAGGGUUGGAGCGCUGUGAAGCAGACACGCUGCGAGAUGGAGCGGAAGAAGAAGAAGAAGAAGAAUAAUAAUAAUAAUAAUAACUGCCAGCAAGUACUAGUAGAAGAAGUCUUUUACUCUUCCUUUGACACAGUAGGGACACAUCAUAUGGUUACAUCGGUAACAGUUGAAACUGUACGGAAGUUGCUCUCGAGACCCAUGGACCUGGCCGCACUGGCAACAGUACCACUGGAUGAUCUUGUUGGGGUCGGUGUACCCGGGGUUGGGGGUCUUUGGGAGAGACAGCUGGGGAUGGUUGUGAUUGCCCAUGGUGAAAGAAGGAGGAUUCUGGCAAUUUAA